GGCAGCCCCACCGUCAAGUCAAACGAGAGGACGCGAUGGCGAACGCGUUAAGAAGCUCGGUCGGACGCGGCCUCCCAGGUCUCCUGUCUCAGUUGUCCUCCUCCAGUAAACAUGGCAGAGAGUGUGUCUCUCCAUACUUUCUCUCUCAGCGUAGAAGCAACUCUACUUCCUCCAAAAUCAAGGUGGAUUUUGACAGCAGCACAGGGGUGGCGGUGAUGAGGUUGCAGAGUCCUCCGGUCAACAGUCUGAGUUUGGAGUUCCUCACAGAGUUCAACAUCUGCGUGGAGAAGCUGGAGAUGGAUAAGAGCUGCAGAGGUCUCAUCAUCACGUCGACCAUGCCUAAGAUCUUCUCAGCGGGGCUGGACAUCAUGGAGAUGUCUGGGAAGAGUCCCGAACACUGCGGAGAGUUCUGGAAGGCCGUGCAGGAGAUGUGGCUUAAGCUCUAUGGCUCCAACAUGGUCACCAUCGCAGCAGUUAAUGGUUCCAGUCCAGCUGGGGGGUGCCUGAUGUCUAUAACAUGUGACUACAGGGUCAUGGUUGACAACCCUCGCUUCAGCAUCGGCCUCAAUGAGACACAACUCGGCAUUGUAGCGCCUUUCUGGUUUAAGGACACCAUGGUGAAUACCGUGGGCCACCGGACAACAGAGAUGGCCUUGCAGCAGGGUCUUCUCUACAGUGCUCCAGAGGCUCUUAAGAUCGGACUGGUGGACCAGCUCGUGUCCGAAGACCAGCUUCUCACCACAGCCACGAACGCCAUGGCCAAAUGGUUGGCCAUUCCAGACCAUGCAAGGCAGAUCACCAAAUCCAUGAUGCGGAAGCCGACCAUUGACAAGCUGCUGUCCAACAGAGAGGCCGACGUCCAAAACUUCGUCAGCUUCAUCACCAAAGAGUCCAUCCAGAAGUCGCUACGCAUGUAUAUGGAGAUGCUGAAGAAGAGGAAGAGCUAGAGGACGGAGAGGAACGAAUACCAACCAUCAUCACAAUACAGGGACCUUGUGACAGUACUUUAAAUGCACCUUUCUUCAUCAUCUUUCUGGUUGUGUUUGCUGGUUUCUCCACUUUUCCUUCUGUCUUCAGUUUAGAGUCAGUUUGCAGAGGUAGUUUCUACUUCCUGUCAUGUAAUAUUCAGCAUGUUGUCGAUGGUAAGGUCCUGGUACAUGGACUCCAUGUAGAGACAACAGGGGCAGUUUUGGCUAGAAUUACAAGCAAGACUAUUUUCCCUCGACAUGGAAGCUCUUAAUGCAGUUUACGCUUGUGUCUAAUGUGUUUCACCUUACGGUACUGUAUUUGCAGUUCAUCAGCAACCUGAAGACGGAAGUAGAGAAGAAGUUGGGAUAUGUUUUCUCCACAGGGUUAUGAUAUGUAAGCUGCCGUUCUUAUCAAGGACUCAUUUUUGGUAUUGUCACAAAGCCUCACACCUUCAAAACUAGUGUGCCUAACCUUUGACCUUAAGAAGCUGAGAGAACUUCUACAUCAACUUCAUAGUAACUCUGAGGGCGGCGUCCCAGUGGCCUUAAGUGGGUAAUUUUAGCUCCAGAAGGCGUCUCUCAGUAUCAUUACAUUUUCAUUCUGAUUGGACUUAAAAUUAAAUAACAAGAGAAACGAUGAACACUCAGAAUCAUUUUCAUGGGGCGUCCGGGUGGUGUGGCGGUCUAUUCCGUUGCCUACCAACACGGGGAUCUCGGUUCGAAUCCCCGUGUUACCUCCGGCUUAGUCAGGCGUCCCUACAGACACAAUUGGCAGUGUCUGCGGGUGGGAAGCUGGAUGUGGGUGUGUGUCCUGGUCACUGCACUAGUGCCUUCUCUGGUUGGUCGGGGGCGCCUGUUCAGGGGGGAGGGGGAACUGGGGGGAAUAGUGUGAUCCUCCCAUGCGCUAGCUCCCCCUGGUGAAACUCCUCACUGUCAGGUGAAAAGAAGUGGCUGGUGGCUCCACUUGUAUCGGAGUAGACGUGGUAGUCUGCAGCCCUCCCCAAAUAAGCAGAGGGGGUGGAGCAGUGACCAGGAGGGCUGAGAAGAGUGGGGUAAUUGGCCAAGUGCAAUUGGGGAGAAAAAAAGAGGGGGGGUCCCCCCCAAAAAAUUAUUUUCAUCACUUUCUUUUUUGUUUUGUUUAAGCCCGUGUGUGUAGUGUCAAACGACAUUAUCUGAAGCCGUGAAUGUAAAAGGUCUAAAAGUGUUCCUUCUCUUCGAGAUCCAGACUCGUUGAGCAUGAAAAGUACCCUUGUUUGAUGGGGGACCCGGUCAACACAUGAUUCAAAGUGCAUUUUAAUUUCCAACAGAUAGUUUUGGAAGACUUGAAUUUAAAUCAUAGAUGGUCUGGUGGUAAGAAAUGUUCAGACGGGCCACCUUAAGACUGUUGAGUUUUACUACAUUUUUCUAGUCAUAAGGUCAUAAAUAUAGUAAAUGACUACAUUUAUAUAGCGCUUUUCUAGUCUACUAACCACUCAAACUGCUCUACAGUGUGGGUCUCACAUCCACCCAUCCACACACUGAUGGCAGAGGCUGCCAUGCAAGGCGCCAGCCUGCUCAUCAGGAGCAGUUAGGGGGUUCAGCGUCUUGCUCAAGGACACUUCGACACGCUCUCUGAAGGAGCCGGGGAUCGAACCAGCCACCUUGCGAUUACUUGACGACCCGCUCUACCUCCUGAGCCAUGCCGCCCCACAUGCUGUACCAACAUGAUGAUGGGUGGGAAAAGGUACCGAAUUUAACCAGUGAUGCGCCAGGUGCCUUCCUCUGUAAGCAGUUCUCAUUGGCUCACGCUGUUCUUGAUUGACGGGUGUCACUCAUCCAGAAAGUGUGUUGGUGUGGGUAAUGGGAUCAGCCUCGUUCAGUUCUCACACGGUGUUAUUCAGAUAUGGCCAACAGUCAGUUUAAUGUGCUCUUAUUCCAUAACACCCGAUGUUUGGUUUUAGGAAUCCCUUUCUCACAGUUCAGCCUCGGCUUCCAGCUGUCUGACUAGGAGACACGGCUGAUAAUGUCGCAGAUGAAUGUAGUCACGCAGUUGUCUUUGUGUAUGAAGGUAAUGUCGUUAGUUUUCUCAAGUACCUCUUCGUUAACUGCAUAUAAACGUCUU